UUUGUUUUUUUCUCUUUUAUCUUUGAAAAUGGACCUCUCUCAUUAAAACUACUUUCUGUUCCCUCCCCUUCAUUUUCUUCACUGACAGAGAAUACCUGCACAAUUUCUCACGCACGCACGCAUACUCAGAGCCCCACUCCUCAGACGCAUACAUCACCUUCAUCGCUCUCUCUUCUUUGGCCCUUAUCAUAUCCACUAGCGAGAGAGAGAGAGAGAGAGACAGUGCAGAGAAAACACAGAGAUUUUGCAAGCCAGCCCAAAUCAUAUACUUCCUCAUUAUCAUUUCUUGCCUUUUUACAUCUGCCGCUCGAUUCAUCAAAUCCCCAUGAAACCCUCUGCUCAUCUCCCCCUUAUAAUACUCUUUGUUAGCCCAAUCAAACCAAACCUUCUAACUAGAUAACAAAGUUAAGAAUACCCUCUUCUUCUUCCCCUUCCUCUUCCUCUUCCUCUUCCUCUUCUUCUCUUCUUUUCUUUUCUAGGUUUGAACUUUUUGCAUGGCGUUCCGUGGCUUUGGUCUUUAGACAUUUUGCCAUGUGCGUUUUGACUGUUACUUGAUAUUGUGUUUAGGAUUUUUACUUACUUUGUCUUUCUUCUAGGUAUUAGAGCUUAACUAGGCUUGUUUCUUGAAGUUGGGGUUUAUUUAAUUCUAUGGAUAGCUACCGCCAUUUUGACACCGGUGAUGCCCGUUUACCUCCUGGCUUUAGGUUUCACCCAACCGACGAGGAGCUUAUCACAUGCUAUCUACUCAAGAAGGUUCUUGAUAGCAACUUCACUGGUAGAGCCAUUGCUGAAGUGGAUCUGAACAAGUGCGAGCCAUGGGAGCUUCCUGAGAAAGCAAAAAUGGGAGAGAAAGAGUGGUACUUCUUCAGCCUGAGAGAUAGAAAGUACCCAACUGGGCUGAGAACUAAUAGAGCCACUGAAGCUGGUUAUUGGAAAGCUACCGGAAAAGACAGGGAGAUUUACAGCUCAAAGACUUGUGCACUUGUGGGAAUGAAGAAGACGUUGGUGUUCUACAGAGGUCGAGCCCCUAAAGGAGAGAAAAGUAACUGGGUUAUGCAUGAGUAUCGUCUUGAAGGCAAAUUUGCCUACCACUAUCUCUCCCGGAGCUCUAAGGAUGAAUGGGUCAUCUCCAGAGUGUUCCAGAAGAGUGGUGGCUCCACCUCUAGCAGCAGCAGUAGCAGCACCAAGAAAGGGCGUUUUAGCAACACUAUCAACCUCCACCCAGAAGCCAGCUCCCCUUCGUCGGCAUCUCUCCCACCUCUUCUGGAUCCUACCACCACCACCACUGCUGCCUCGACCAACACUUUUAAUGACCGUGAAAGCUGCUCCUAUGACAGCUAUGCUCAAACUGAGCACGUGUCCUGUUUCUCCACCAUUGCCACCGCAGCUUCCAAUACUGCUAAUCAAAACAACUUUGAAUUUGCACCCCCACCUCUCCUCUUAGCAGCUGAUCCAUUUGGACGGUUCCCAAGGAACGUGGGCGUCUCUUCAUUCCCCAGCCUGAGGUCCCUGCAGGAGACACUUCAGUUGCCAUUCUUUUUCUCUGCCCCAUCCCAGACUGCGGCGGCGGCGCCAUGUAAUGGAGGUGGUACCACUGCCAUGAAUUGGAUGACAGGUUCGGAUGAGGGGAGAAUUGAUGGUGGCCCUGCUGGUGAGAGUGGGGGUGUAAGGGCGGCAGGUUUCACAGAGCUCGACUGCAUGUGGACCUAUUGAAUCUUAAAUGGUAGAGAUAAAUGUAAUGCUGAAUGUCACGAGUUGAUCCAUUCCUUAUUAUCCAUAGAUAGGGUCUCGAAAUGCAGGUUUCUUUAUGCUUUAGUACUUAGCACUACGUUUGGGAUUUUAGUUAUUUUAGGUACGAUGACUGCUAAUAUGUAUUAACUUGUGCUUUGCGAUGGUAACUUAUUUAUUGUCAUUCUUAAUAUACUCCUAUUUGUUA